ACUACGGACAGCUUCUCUCGCAAGGAUUUGGCCGAGCUAUUUGUCAUGAGUUAACUGGACACGGCUAUGGGAAAUUUCUUUGGCAACGCUAGAAUAUUACCAGACUAUCCAGAAGACCUUAGAAUUCAUGUGAAGAAAAUAACCUCGAUUCCUCUUGGAGAAGAGAUCGAUAAAAUACGCAACAAGGGACGUCUCAGUGAACACGACCGAGCAAGUAUCAAAUUUCUAAAAGCGGCCAUCCAUUUCAUACCUCUGGCAAAAGAAGAUGGAGCUGAUUUUGAAAAUGCCGCUUUCAUAUUUACCCAUCCAGGCAGGCAGUUUGUUGUUAUCGCAGGAAAGGGUGACUGGGAGUAUUACUUUUCCGAGGACAACAUCGGCGACAUAAAAGGUCAAUGUGCCCGCAGACCCUGGCUGAUGUACUUCUGGAACAAAGUCACAUCUGGUUUUUCUUGUAUCGCCUCGUUAUUGUCUGUUGCUGGAGUAGUCCUCAGGGCCUUAAUGCCUGCUUAAGAGUGAUCCUUUAGAGCUAAAUAUUGGUGUUUUGUCGCAUUUGUUCGUGCAUUUUAGAGCGCAAAACACUCUAGCCAAGGGUACCGGUUUAGUUAAUUUCUUUGCGAUAUGCAGAACGGAAGUUGCCUUCUUAGUUCUCGCUGGAUUGCUAUGUUCUGAAAGCUGCUCUUGUAGAUUAAAUUGUUGAGUGCUGUUAAGUAAAUACAGGGAGAUUUUGGACGCGACCUCGCUUUGAAAAGGCCUCUAUGGAAAAAGAGAGUGUUGUGAUGACAUGCCUACUAUUAGGGUACUUAAGAGCGUGCAUUAGGGCGAGUAAAAGAGAGACAAUUGGGUUAGCUAUAGAAAAUGUAAUAAAGAAGAAGAGAACUCAGAGUCUUGGUGUCUCCUGAUUGUGUGGGUCCUCUCAGAAGCUAGUUUCCCCCGUCAUUGUAUCUUUACAGAGGGUUAAACAAUGGACAACUAAAAAAGUUAUCCAGACACCCAACUACGAGACUUGAUAAAGUCGAAAUAAAAAUGAAGAAAGUCUUCAAGCAAAAAGGAGAAACGUAAACAUAUUUUUAUAUUGUUUAUUCCACUUUAUUUGAUUAUUCAUUGCAAUAAAUUUGGAGAAAAUC